AUGCACGCGCUGCGCAACUUCGUGCUCGGCGUGCUCCAGGACGCGUCGUCGCGGCAGCUCCAGCACCUCUCGGAGACGCUCCGGCUGCCGCCGAUGGCCGCCAAGGCCGACGUCGUCGCCGGUAUCCUGCACCUCAUCGAGCUCGACCGCGACUCGGCGCUCGGGAUCUUUGUGACAUGGCACCAGACGGCGGUCGCGGGCGACGACCAGGUGAUCGCGCCAACCGCGUUUGCGAAUGCGUUCGUGCCGAUCCCGGGCUCCACGACGACCGACGCGAUCGAACCGCCAACGACACUCUUUGGGUUUGAACUCGACGAGGAGCUCCGCGUCGUGGCGCGCGACGUGAGCGUGCUCGAAGCCGCGUACAAGGACGCCGAGGUGCAUGUCCACAGCGGCCGUGCGUCGUACGAGAAGAUCAAGCGCUUCCUCCAAACACUCACCCAAGUACUGCGCGCCAAGGACAUCGAGUUCCGGCGUCUCCUCCUCCAAAAGAAUGACGCACUCGGCAAAGACAAUGCGCGCCUGUCCCGCACAGAGACGCACACGCGUGCGCAGCUCGAAUUUUUCCUCGGCGGUUGCACCCGCCUUCGCUCCAAACACGAUGCACUCGUUGAAGACAUCGCAUGUAGCACGGCAAGCGACGACAUGGCGGCCCAUGUCCUGCUCGAGCUCUACGGCGGUGAAGUCGGCCUCACGCACGUGUUGACGCGCACGCUCGAAGCCAAGUGCGCGCACUUGAGCGCCACAUGCGCGAACUUGGACGCGGCGCAUGCGACGAUUGCGUCGCUGCACGCAAAGGUAUAUGAAAAGAACACGCUCGUAGCGACCAUGCAGGCAAAAUGGGACGCUGCGGCCAAAGACGCAACGUGCGCCAAGUUCCAGCUGCGCAAGUGCAGGAAGCGGCUACGCGACUCGAACGCUGACGCCGCGACCGUCUCGUACCUGCGCUACCACUGCCUCCAGCUGCAGCGCAUGGUCACGGAUCUCCUCAGUGUGAGCCAGAUCCACGCGCUCGCGCUCACCGACGCCAAAGCCAACUUUACAAAGAGCGUCGAGAAGGCCUCGAUUGCAUGGCGGGUGCUCUCGUACCUGCGCUUUGUCUCGAACCCGCGCCUCGAUCCGUCGGUCGCGAGUGUGCCGCCGCAAUUCCCAAUGAUCGUACCGCCGCCGAGAGCUCCUCAAGACGUUCGCGAGGCGCUUCCGGUCGUCGUUGUGCUCGGGAUGUCGUCGCUCGUACAUCAAGUGGUCUUGCGCUUGAGCAGUCAAUUUGGCUAUGCCCAUUUCGAUGUGGACGAUUGGCACAAGGGAUUGAUCAUGGCCGAUCCCGAAACCCCGGAAGACGCCGCCGACGAUGGAGAGCGACCGUUGGACCUUCCCCGGUUGGCACGAACGAUGGCCAACAUGCGCUGGUGCCUCCUCCAUGACCAUGCGUUUACAGCCGACGACGUCCGGCGGCUCAUCCAGCACGGCUGCCGUGUCGGCAUGGUGCUCGACUUUAGCUCUCUCGAAACCGAUCCAGCGUGGCGUCGGCUGCCGUUGUACACCCCGCUGCACCCUUCGAUGGUGGGGCUGGACUCGGUGUCGUGGCCGUCGGUCGACGCUAUGGUGGCCGCCGUCGCAGCCACGUGGCAGCGCCGCGUCGCAUCAUCGGGGGCGACGAUCGAGUGGGACUCAAUCACGUGCGGUAUGAACGAGCGAUGUGCGAUGUUUGCAGAGGAACUUGGCGCCAAAAUGGCGGUCGUCUGGGCCGCUCAUCAAAAGGCUGUCGCCGACAAGGCUGCGGCGACAGCGGCGGCCGCGGCAGCCAAAAAGCGGUCCAAUACACCGGCCAAGGGCCGAUCGCCCACACCGUCCAAGCCCGGUCGCAGUAGCCCCACGGCGGCAGCGGGUAAGAAGCCACCGGCGACGAGAAGCAAAGCAACGCCGGCAAAGCCAACAAGCCCGGCGAAACCACCUGCUUCGCGGACUACGACAGGAAAAGUCGCAACGCCCAAGAAGCCACUGUCGCCACCCAAAAGCCCCGCCGUAAAGCGCGCGCGCUGAAAGUAGAGUCGUUGUACUAGACGUCUUAGCAUCAACUAUUGCGGCGGUUGAGUGCACUUAGCGCGGACGCGUCGCGUUGGCCUCGGCAAUG